CACCAGCUGGUUGAAAAUACUGAUGAAACAUACUGCAUUGACAAUGAAGCCCUCUAUGACAUUUGCUUCAGGACGCUGAAACUCAAGACUCUCACAUAUGGUGACAUGAACCAUCUGGUGUCCCUCACAAUGUCUGGUGUGACAACUUGUCUAAGGUUCCCAGGUCAGCUCAAUGCCGAUCUCCAUAAACUUGCUGUCAACAUGGUCCCAUUCCCACGUCUCCACUUUUUCAUGCCCGGCUUCGCUCCUCUCACCUCCCGUGGUAGCCAACAGUACCAAGCCCUGACUGUACCCGAACUAACUCAACAAAUGUUCGAUGCCAAGAACAUGAUGGCUGCCUGUGACCCAAGGCAUGGCCGUUACCUCACAGUUGCUGCUGUCUUCAGAGGACGCAUGUCCAUGAAAGAAGUUGAUGAACAGAUGUUCAACAUUCAGAANGUUGAGUGGAUCCCUAACAACGUGAAGACUGCUGUUUGUGACAUCCCACCCAGAGGACUGAAGAUGGCGGCAACCUUCAUUGGUAACUCGACUGCCAUCCAGGAGCUGUUCAAGCGUAUCUCAGAGCAGUUCACAGCCAUGUUCAGGCACAAGGCUUUCUUGCACUGGUACACAGGUGAGGGCAUGGAUGAGAUGGAGUUCACAGAAGCAGAAUCAAACAUGAAUGACCUGGUGUCUGAGUACCAACAGUACCAGGAGGCAACUGCUGAUGAGGACGCAGAGUUUGACGAGGAGCUGGAAGCUGAAGUUGAGGGCAAGCAGCUAUGACACAAAAAUUUUAUAUUGCCUCAAAAU